AUGGAUUUCUCAAACAUCCAAGACAAGGUCAGCAACCUGACGUUGUAUGACCUCAAGGCUGGUGUCCGCAAAGUGCAAAAUGAGCUUUGUCUCGCAAUUCCGGGACACCGGGCUGACCGCUCCGUCAUAGCCGUCAUGAACUAUACCGAAAUGGAGGCCAAGGUCCGGGAAGCGACAAACAAUGAACCCUGGGGUGCCUCGACUACGUUGAUGCAGGAGAUAGCCAAUGGAACACAUAGCUACCAAUUACUCAAUGAGAUCAUGCCAUUGAUUUACAAGCGGUUCACCGACAAGAGCGCCGAGGAGUGGAGACAGAUCUACAAGAGUCUUCAACUCCUCGAAUUUCUCGUCAAGAAUGGAUCGGAGCGGGUGGUCGACGAUGCACGAUCUCACAUGUCGCUGUUGCGGAUGCUGCGGCAAUUCCACUUCAUUGACCUGAACGGAAAGGACCAGGGUAUCAAUGUGCGUAACCGGUCCUCAGAACUGGUGAAGUUGCUGGGUGAUGUCGAUCAAAUCCGCUCUGAGCGCAAGAAGGCUCGCACCAACCGGAACAAGUUUGGUGGUUUCGAAGGUGGCAUGAAUGUCGGUGGCGGCAUGUCUGGCUCCAGCCAGUACGGUGGCUUCGGAAGCGACAGCAUGGGAUACGGUGGAUAUAGUGGUGGUGUGUAUGGCGAUGGCGGAGGCUUCGGCGGUGCCCCGAGUGAUUUCCAGGACUCCAGCCGCGACACAAGCCGUCGGGGCAACCGAUUUGAAGAGUAUGACGAGUACGACGAGGGCGAACCCAGCGCCCCACGACGUGAGCCUGCUGCGGCUUCCAGGGCCAAACCAGAACCGAAGAAGCCAGAGCCCGCACCUGUGGCAGACCUCUUCGAUUUCGGUGAUGACGAGCCUGCUGCCGCCACUGCGGCAUCCUCCACCGCUGCUGGCAAGCAGCCUAGCAGCACCUUGAACAUGCUGGACUCGACCGCAGAUGACGAUGAUUUCGACGAUUUCCAGUCUGCCACUCCGGCGACUCAACCCUCAGCGCCUGCUUCGUCCAACUUCUCCAUCCAGCCCCCCGCCUCCACCCACAGCACGACUUCGAGCACCCAAUUCGUUGCGCCUGUACCUGUUUCUGGCUCCCAGGGCGCUAAUAUUAACGGCUUGGUUGGCUUCACAUCGGCCACGCCCACCCCGCCAACCAGCUCGAUUGCCUCCCCGGUGUCGCAGACCGCGUACCUCCAGCAGCAGCAGCCUAUGGCUUCGAAGCCGUCUGGCUACCAGGCUGCCACACCAAACUACUUCACCUCCGUCCCAAUCGGCGCUACGCAGUCACUCUCUUCUCACGCCGCCAAGCCCUCCAUCUCUUCUCCCGCUGCCUCCACCGCAAGCAAACCCGCCUCCAGCACAGCAAGCAAGUCCUCUGGUGAUGCGUUCGGCUCCCUCUGGUCCACUGCUAGCGCUAGCGCUGGUAUCUCCAAGUCCAACGCCAACGCAAACAAGGGCCCCAACCUUGCCAGUAUGGCCAAGGAAAAGGCCAGUGCCGGUAUCUGGGGUGCCCCGGCUGCGUCGGCUUCGCCUGCCCAGUCUCAUCCCCAGCAGAAGCAGGGAGGUGGCUCCGCAUUCGAUGAUUUGCUUGGUUGA